AUGCACCGAGCUGUACAGUCCCAGCCAGUGCAGUUGCAUGUGCAUCUGAGCAGAGCGGGGAUGUGGGGCGUAUUGCUUGGCUUCAUCCUGCUUCAGCCUUGCUUGUGCUUGCCGGAGAGGGCUGACGUUUCAGGCAAUGAGCUGAGUGACCGAGCCCCCGGAACGGAUUCAAACCUCUCGACAGGAGAGGGGAAAGCAGGCUUCGGGAAUCUUUUUGGAAAGAAUCCCGGAGAAAGGGAUCCAGGGGUUGUUGGUUUAGAAGUGGGGGGGAACUCCUCUCAGGGGGGUCCCAGGCAGUCCCUCAGGGUUACGAACGAGUCUGUCGUCAGCCAGGAUUGCCAUCAGUCCUGGGAUGAGGUUUUGGGAAUCUCCUGGAAGCAUGAGAGGCAGUUCUUAGCAGACCUGCGCCAGUCCUGGAGGAAGGGAGAAGGGACCUCAUCCCAGUUCGGGCUCUGUCCUGCAGCCCCCAGCCACCUGCUUUCCUCCCUGAAGGACCUGGCUGCUUAUCUGCGGGACCCCAGAGAGGGAAGCAAGCUGCACACACUGCAGCCCAGAGAAGAGCGCUGGGAGGAUCAGGGGCUGCACCUGGAGUUCAGAGUGCCUGCUCACAGGCGCCCACUACAGGAUCAGCUGACCUCCGCCCUGGUCUUCUAUCCUAAUGGGUCCACCCUGGACGAGGCAGAGAGAGAGGGGGAGGGGCUGAGCAUCUUCUUUACAAUGGAGUCCCCCAGCCGACACAACCAGACGGCCUGUUUCUCUACGGACACGAGAUACCUCGUCCUGGAUGCAGAGUGGCUGCUGGAAAACUCCACUCAUGGGCAUCCCGUUUACAGAGUCCACCUGGGGAUCCACAGCGUUGACACAGGCUCUCUGCAGCAGUUCCUGAUUGGGGAGGAUAAGGAGUGCAACACAAGGUUGAGCCCAACACUGCUGGUCCUGGUGGACGGACAGACGGACAGCCAGCACGACUCUCUGAGAAAUGCCCCCCCGCAUCACCGGGACUCGACUUACGAGUUCCUCACUGAGCUGAAGGGCUUCCUGAGUGCCAUGCUGCGCGAUGAAAAUGAGGGCGCCCCCCUGCAGCUGCAUGUGGACCUCGACAGCCUGCAGUCCGUCCAGCAUGGGUACCUCAAUGCCUCUUCCGAGGACGGGGCUCUGCUCCGGCAGCUGCUCGAAUCCGACGCCCCCACGCUGUUCCGCUUCCCGCGCCGCCUGGAAGAUCUGCGGGGCCAUGGAGUGGAGCUGGUGCUGGAGGAAGACCUUCUGGACCUGCUGAACACCCGGCUCAGCGACACCGUCGCCCAAAUCCAGAGGCACACGGAGCUGCAGAGCCGCGGGGGCCUGGCCCAGCUGCAGAGGUUACUGCGAGGAUGCUUCCACCUGACACAAGGACCAGGUGUGCCCCCAGAAGAGACGCCUGCAAACCCACGGCAGAGGCAGUACCACUCCCUGCUCUUACUCAAAGCCCUGCAGACGGUACAGUCCACCUGGGGUCAGCGAGGGCAGAGACAGAAGCCGACCCGCCAGGACCGCAGCCACGGGCACCACACGGACUGCAGGCUGCAUGAGCUCUCCGUCAGCCUGCACAGGUACAAACACAUCCUGCAGCCCCAAGACCUGUCCAUCGGUAACUGCCAGGGCCACUGCCGUUUUCCGCUCGCUGACAGCGACAGGUAUCAGUACAACAACCAUGCAGUGCAGCUGCUGCUCCAGCACGAGAGAGACCCAGGCCUGGAGAGGGCGCCCUGCUGUGUCCCGGUGGAGUACAGAGAAACACAUGUGGCAGAGAUCACAGGUUAUGGGUUAAAAAUCUCAGACAAGCGCAAUACGAUCGCUGUGAAAUGUGGCUGCCGGUAGUGAUUUGUUAACAUCUGCUCUCUCACACUCACAAAUGAAUGUGCUAAUCAUGCACCCGGUAGCCUAUAUAUUUAAAAAAAAAAGAUCUAGAACUAGAUUGUCAAUAGUCUGGAUGAUAGAUAUAUUUCAUUCACACAAAAGGUCGUACACACAUCCACAUACAAAGCUAUACACACAUAAUGUAAUCCAAGCACACACAUACCCAGUCAUACACACACACGGUAAUAUUUUUUACAUCUGUGUUUAAUAUUUAUAUUUGUUUGACCAUUGUAUGUAACCAGAUGAAAACACUGAAGUUCUUCUAAGAAAACAGGAGUGUUGUGUCUUUGCCUUGCCACAAGUUUUUACUAGGCUUAGCAUUUGUGUCCUGUAUUAAUGAGCGUUUUAUGCCGCAGCGCGCAGCAGAAAAAUAAAUUCAUACUUUGAGUAAAAAAAAGAACUGUGCUCACGAAUCUCGUUUUUAUUCGUUCAACAGCAGCUUCACAAAUACAGACACAGGAACGGUUCACAUGAACUAAGUAUCAUUUUGUAUUCCUAGUCAGUGGAUUUCACACUCA